AUGGAAGGAAGAAGAUCAUCAUCUUCAUAUCAUCGUCAUCAUCGUUACGAGUUUGAUGAGAAUGAAGAUGAAAUGAAGAAAGGACCAUGGAAAGAAGAAGAAGAUCAAGUGCUCAUAAAUCAUGUUAAGAAAUAUGGUCCAAGAGAUUGGAGCUCCAUUCGAUCCAAAGGCCUUUUGCAACGUACUGGAAAAUCUUGUCGUCUUCGUUGGGUCAAUAAACUUAGACCUAACUUAAAAAAUGGAGUGAAAUUUUCUGGAGAAGAAGAAAGGACAGUUAUUGAACUACAGGGACAAUUUGGUAAUAAAUGGGCAAGAAUUGCUACAUAUCUACCGGGGCGAACUGACAAUGAUGUUAAGAAUUUUUGGAGUAGUCGACAGAAAAGGUUGGCUAGGAUUUUACGAACAUCCCAAAAUAACACAACCCAAACUUGUGCUUUUCCCCUAAUAUUAGAGGCACCUAAAUUGAGCUCAUCAAGAGAACAUGAAGAGUCAUUGUCCAAGUCACAAUCUUGCUCAUCAUCCUAUAUUGACAACUCUGACCACAUGAUGAACCAACAACUUGUCCCCUUGGAAGAUUUAGUGAUGACUCCAGAUUCAAUUGCUUUUGAACCAAACAUGCUUAUGCAUCAUCAACUUGACAUCAUGAGUACUACUACUAUUCCUAAUGAUGAGAAGAAACUUGGAAUUAUAGAAUCUUCACAUAUCCCAACUCAUGAUGACUUUGCUUUGCCACUAGAAAAUCAAGAAUUCCCCAUCAUGCCUAACUUCAUAGAUGUUUUUGGACAUGGAUUUGAUAAUGUGGAAAUACCAUUUGUCAAGAGACAAAUUGAGAAGCCACUUACUCCAGAUAGCUUCAUUGAUGACUUCCCUUUGGAUAUGUUUAAACAUAUUGAACCUCUACAAAGUCCAUCUCAAUGGUGA